AUGGCACCCGAAUACACAGUUAAUGUACACAGUCAGCCUUUACACCAGUCCCAAACCGCAUACUCGGCCUCGAACACCAAGCCCAUCGACGAGUCUACAACAGAAACUACAAGCCUCACCUCCAACAGAGCCAAGCCAAAGAAAUCCAAGGUAGCCACCAGCGAGUACAGUUGGACGCUGGAGAUAUGGGCACUCGUUCUCAGUAUUGCGGCUCUAGUCACGGCCACCGCCCUUCUAUCAGCGCGCAAGAACGAUUACAUGAUCAUUUAUGAUCGGUUCGAGGAAGCAGGGCGCGGCCCCUUGGGAAGCGCCCGGCUUCUGUGGCACAUCAAACGCAGGCACUGGGUGUCCCUUGGUGCCCUGGCAACCGUCGUCCUGCUCGGAUUCGAACCAUUUGUCCAGGCUGUCGUCGAAUUCUACGAGAAGGAAGUCGACUCAUCAGAGGUGGACGCCAUCGCCUCCAUCGGCACGACAAAGAAACUCGACGUCGGCAAGGCAGGGUUCAGCGGCAACACACCUCUACAGUCGAUCCAAAUGCCGGAGCCAUACACUGCCGUAUACGUGGAACCAAUGUUUCUCGAAUACGACCUUGGCUCGCUCUCCGCCAUCUGGACGGGGUUCAACAAUCUCAGCAUCCCCAGCAGCCAGCAGCCCUUCUUCACCUGCGCGACGAGGAACUGCACCUGGGCCCCGUGUGCCUCGUUGGCGGUGUGCAGCGCUUGUAACGACAUUUCCAGCCACUUUGUGAAGUCCACGGGCAUCGCUGACGCUUCGAACAAGGCUCUCACGGUGCCCUGGUCGAUGCAGAAUGCGAGACUGAACACGAGCGAUAAGUUUUCUUACACCAAGUUUGAGCUGCCGGCAAUGAAUUUGAACAUAUCCAACUUUGAUGACGGUAGCGGGCAGCAGGUCGAGCUCACGGCCCAGACCACGACGCAACCUAGGGACACGAUCUCCUUCCAGGACAAGAAGGCUCUGAUCGUCUCCUGCGCCAUGAUGAAAGCGAAGAUGAACGCCGCGGGAGGAAAGGAGAAAGCCCCUGGAGCCGGCGCUCUCGAUGCCUUUGUGGAGAAGUUUGCGAGACGCUCUGGUUCGUUGGCGUUGAAGCAGCUCGUCUACCCGACCUUUGAACUGCUCGAGCCUGAACAGCCUUCUGUGAUCUCGACCCUCGGCACAUCGCAGAACCUGUCGUCCACGUUCGAUAUCGCCGCCCUCGGGAUGACAAAGUGGAUGCGAGACGUCUCGCUCCAGACCGCGCCUCACCGCGGGACGACCAGAGAGUCGGUGGUUCGCAUACGUGUUCGAUGGGCAUUUAUAUCGCCCCCUUUCGGGGCGCUCCUCUGUGGGUGCCUGUUUUGCUUGUUCUCGAUGCUUGAGACUAGGAGGCUACGACUCCCGGCCUGA